AUGUUGACUGGAAUGUAAACACUUCGUUUUAACUCAAUUUUAUGGCGAAAACACAAAAACAAAUACGAAAAUUUCAGUAAAUGUUACUAUUAUUGAUUUUCCCCAGUCGCGAUUCGAAAUUGAGCGUAAAACCCAGCGAAUCAGCUGUUCGGCGGCAACGACAGCACAACAAAACAAUUAAAUAUCCGCCGCAGCCGCAAAACAAUACAGAAAACAAAAGCAACAGCAAAAUAAACGAAAAACAACAACAAAACCAACUGCGCCGCGAUAAAAUUGUUUGCCAAUAAGAAUCGGGCUUAGUGCGGAUUGGCAUCCGAAAGAUACAGGAACGUGGUGGCUGCAGCUGCAACGGGAAGACCAUGGUUUUCUUCAAGUUCUUGAAGAGCAAACUGUAACGUAUAUAAAGGCAACCACAUCACACCAAGUAAACACACGCGAAAAUCCUAACGAAAUAGAGAUACAACAAAAAGAUACGAAAAAAGAUACAACCCACGAGAAUAACAAUGCGCGAAAUUCAGGCCUCCCAAUUUAUGACGAAGACAAAUCGCUUGGUGAUUUUGAGGCAUGGCGAAAGUGAUUUCAACAUAGAGAACAAGUUCUGCGGCUGGCAUGAUGCGCCAUUGAGUGAAUUCGGCGUCCAGGAGGCCCUGACUGUGGCGAUUCCCGCGCUCGCCCAAUCCGAGUUGGAAUUCGACGUGGUCUAUUCAUCCGUAUUGAGCAGAUCUCGUCAAACGGCCGAAUUGAUACUCUCCAAGUUGAACUGCGCCUAUGUGCCCAUCAAGGAGGAUUGGCGGCUGUGCGAACGGCACUACGGAAAUCUGACAGGUUGUCGGAAACGAAUGGUAGCCGAUCGCUAUGGGGAGGAGCAGGUUCAGGCCUGGCGACGUGGAUACGACUGCGUACCGCCGCCCAUCGAUGAGAAGAACCGGUACUUCUACACCAUUUGCAGCAAUCCCAUAUUCGAUGAUGUUCCUCGCGGGGAGUUCCCCCUCGCGGAAUCCCUUCACAUGUGCGUCGAUCGGGUGAAACCCGUGUGGAAGGAGGUCAGGCGGGAGGUGUUCCAAGGCACCCGGGUACUGAUGUGCGUCCACGGAACUGUGGCGCGUGCCCUUGUCCAGCACAUUGAGGGAAUCUCCAACGAGGCCAUCGAAAAGGUUAACAUUCCAAAUUGCGUGCCACGCGUCUACGAGUUCGAUUUGAAAACGGGAGGCUUGGUUGGAGCUGCCAUCAAUCUGGGGGAUCAGGAGUAUAUCAGGCGGAAGACAGCCCAGGUGGCAGCCAUUGGUGACUGAUUGCGGAGCACUCCUCUUGACUUUUGUGGCAUUUACAUCGAUGUGUGGCCGACUGCAUUUACUUAAGCCUUUACCGCUUAAAGUCCGAGGAGAUCGGAUGAUAAGGAUAUUAUGACUACUAUUUAUUCGUCUACACCAUCUGAUAUUUUCGGCCAAAAAUAUACAAUUUAUACAAAAUAUAA